AUGGCGACGACGACGAGGAAGGUGUCCGUCUCCGUCUCCGUCCCCGCCAUCCUGCUAGUGCUGGCCGUGCUCUCCUGCCUCCUCCUCGUCCACGGUUUGUACGGCUUGCUCGAGCUGUUCGGCCUGCCGGACCUCUCGCCGGAGGCCACGCUGCUGAUCUUUGCCCUGUGUUUUCUCCUCCUCCUUGCAGCGGCAGCGGCAGGCAACCGGAGGGCUCUGCUGCCGAGGGAGCCACCAGCAGCCGACACCUACGGCGGCGGUGGUGGACAGGUGUUGCCGACGACGGCGGAGGAGGGCGCCGCGGUGGGAGGUGAUGAGCCGCCUCAGCUCGCCGCCGACAAGGAGAUGAUGGAGACAGCAGCGGCCAGGAGGGCGGGGCUGCUGCAGACUCAGGACUACCCGGGGUCCGGCGCCAACGGCCGCCACGAUCCGCGGAACCCGCACUGA